UUGGUUUCUGGCACCCACAAUUCGCUUGUUUCGUUUGAAAGCGGACUUUAUUGUUCGAAACAUCUUUGAAAGAAUUUGUAGGCACAAAAGAGUGUGGAUCAUUGGUUUGGUACAUGUGUGCGUGCAAUGCGAGUGGCGAGCAGAAAUUUGUGUGGUUUUUUUUUUCUUAGUAGUGAGCAUAUGGAAGAGAAAGGAAGAAGUUUUCUCAGAGAAACGAAACUCUCGAUGACACACACACACGCUCCCGAGGCAUGAGCGAUUGCUCAUGCUCCCCGUGCAGGUGCAUUGAAACUGUACGCGAUUCUCCUCGUAGGCUUUUGCUUGCGUCGUCAAUCGAACGGACGAGAGUUGCAAAUGUUCAAUUCGCUGUCAGCUUCUCUGUCACGCUGAACGUGAACGGCUGCGUACGAGAAUUUGCCGUGAGGUGGAAAAACACGGCUCUGAAGCAUACCGUGCAUCACGCGCUUAAGGUGACAUUCUAGGUUUACGAGUUCGCCGCCAUUGUGCACAGUGUAAUGGUGGUGGUGUUGAUGGUGUGCUGCCAUGUGUGUGGAAUGAUGUGAAAUCGAGCCUUUUAUUGAUUACGGUCGCGGAUGUACUCGACGUGUGUACACGUUUUUUCCUGUUCGCCGUUGGCUCUGGAACAGAGUGGAAAGAAAAAGUGCAUUUACGGUUGUUCCGCACGAUGCCUGUGUUGAUGUUGAAUCGUCGAGUUCAUGUGCAAAUGUAGCGUUUAGCCUAGAAGCCAGUGCAUUCAAAGAGUGAUUCAAUUUUACAUGUACAGUGUGCAUAUAUUCGACGCAAAGCGUUGUAGAAUUUGUGCGUUUCGUUUGGGUGGUGCGAAUUUUGUCCAACGAAAUUGUGCCCCCUUUUUGAGCUGCUCCCUUGUGUCCCUUCGGCCUGCAUUUCGGCUCUCCAUUGGGCACCUUUAAAGUGACUUCAAAACCUCUACCCGUGCGGUGGUGGUAGUAGCAGUAGUAACAGUGAACUACAGCUCCAGUAGUGAGCGAACGCCGUAACCCUGGAUACCGAAAUGAUGAAAAUGGACACGGACAAAAUCAUGGACGACGGGAUUAGCAAUUCACAGUACACCACCCAGAUACUGUACGAUCCGGCACGAAAGAAAGAACCGUCACCGACGUUUCAAACCGAACGCGAUACCUGUCUGUCGUACUUCUCCAAAUGGAACGAGGCCAACCAGGUGGACUUUGUCGAACAGCUUCUCUCCCGCAUGUGCCAUUACCAGCACGGACACAUCAACGCCUACCUGAAACCGAUGCUCCAGCGAGACUUCAUCACACUGCUGCCCACAAAAGGAUUAGACCACGUGGCAGAAAACAUUCUCUCCUAUCUGGACGCCAAGUCGCUGUGUAGGGCGGAACGCGUUUGCAAAGAAUGGUCCCGCGUCAUCUCCGAAGGUAUGCUAUGGAAGAAGCUAAUCGAACGAAACGUCCGCACCGAUUCCCUAUGGCGGGGGUUAGCAGAACGUAAAGGAUGGAUCAAAUAUUUAUUCAUACCGCGGCCGGGUGUAACGCUGCGGCAACACAAAUUCUACCGCGAACUGUUCCCCAAGAUCAUGAAGGACAUCGAAGCGAUCGAGAACAACUGGCGCACGGGCAAUCACAAUCUCCAGCGAAUAAACUGCCGGUCAGAGAAUUCAAAGGGCGUCUAUUGUCUGCAGUACGACGACGACAAGAUAGUGUCCGGCCUGCGGGAUAAUACUAUCAAGAUCUGGAGUCGCUCGACGCUCCAGUGUUGCAUGAUCCUAACGGGGCACACCGGAUCGGUGCUCUGUCUACAGUACGACGAUAAGGUCAUCAUUAGUGGGUCAAGCGAUUCGACGGUACGCGUGUGGGACGUGAACACUGGCGAAAUGGUCAACACUCUAAUACAUCACUGUGAGGCGGUACUACAUCUGCGCUUCAACAACGGCAUGAUGGUGACCUGUUCAAAGGACCGUUCGAUCGCUGUGUGGGAUAUGGUUUCACCGACAGAGAUUGGGCUGCGGCGCGUGCUGGUCGGACAUCGGGCCGCAGUGAACGUGGUUGACUUUGACGAAAAGUACAUCGUGUCAGCAUCUGGCGACCGUACGAUUAAGGUGUGGAACUCGACGAACUGUGAGUUUUUGCGCACGCUGAACGGCCACAAACGAGGCAUCGCCUGCUUACAGUAUCGCGACCGGUUAGUGGUUAGCGGUAGUUCAGAUAAUUCGAUAAGACUAUGGGACAUCGAGUGUGGUACCUGUUUGCGAAUCCUCGAGGGCCACGAAGAGCUCGUUCGUUGCAUUCGGUUCGAUUCGAAGCGCAUCGUUAGCGGGGCGUACGAUGGCAAAAUCAAAGUAUGGGAUCUCCAAGCUGCCUUAGACAUUCGAGCACAAACUAACACGCUGUGCUUGAAAACGUUGGUGGAACAUACCGGUCGCGUAUUCCGGUUGCAAUUCGAUGAAUUCCAGAUCGUGAGCAGUUCGCACGACGAUACCAUCCUGAUAUGGGAUUUUCUUAACUGUUCGCCACAGGAGGAAACGACCGCCCCGUCAUCCGGUGGUAGCAUCGGUCCGAGUAACCAUCACAACAACAGUGGAAGCAGUAGCGGUAGUGGCUCCAUCGGUGGCAUACCCGGCUAUGGUGGCGUGAUGGGUUUGGCCGCUGGUGGUGGUGGCGGCGGUAACGGCGGCGGCGGUGCAGAUGGAGGUGGCAGCAGCAGCAGUGGGGGUGGUGGUGGAGGAGGUGGAGGAGGCGGCGGCGGCGGCAACCUAAACAGCAGCCUUGUGUUGCAAAACAAGACAAACAAUAAUGGUGCCGCCAACAACAACCAUCAGAACGAUGAUCUGAGCGAUUAAACUGAUAUCUUACUUCGGAGUUUACUGAGUGCAUGCUGUGCGGAUGAAGAAAAAUGGACUUACACUCAGCACUUCUCAAAUGCGCGCGUGAUCUUAGGGUUUUUGUCUUUCUUUGUUUACAAACCACACAUACACACACUCACACACACAUAUACAUACACAAGACGCAGUGAUAAGCUCUUUCUCUCUGUCUUUUAAUUGCUCCGACAAUUCCGACUCUAUGCUGUGCUUACGAAAGUAUGGUUUCUGUUACUUCCUUUUCAUGUCAAUUUGUUGAAAACAUAAAAAAGGUCGACGGCCGCCCUCCAUGUGUCACCGAGGGGUGAGAUCAAUCGAUAUUUAUUUCCAAUAAUACGUACGGAUGUACCGUCAAUGUGGCUUGUAGUAGAACAUGAAGAACUGCGUGGCUUGUAUACUUGCAUAACAUUCGUGCAGCAUGAAAUAAAAUGAAUAACUUAAUUUAUAAGAAACACAUCCGAGGGGGCAUGGCCUAGCGCAGGUCGUUUCACUGAAUAAGAAGAUAAUACACCUCGAUGAGCAUAGGGAGCAGUUCCAGUUGGGCGUUUUUUUCUGCAAAAGAACUGUCCAUCUGUUUGCACAGCAAGGCAGGAAAUCAAAUUCCUUUUAAUCUCUGUAUCUACGCUCUCUCUCUCUUUUGCUUUUUCUGACAUGUACACAGAGAGCGUGAUGAUGAUGAUGGAUUCAGAGCUUUGAUCUCUAUCAGAAUGUCAUGGUAACGCAUUUUGUGUUUCCUAUCGGUCGCUUCACAACGCUUGCCCGGAUACGUUUACGUUUAGGCGCAGUUUGCGCAAGCCAUUUCGCUUGUGCGAAAUUUGCUUGCAAUCGACAUUUGGCUUAAGAUUGGAGCUUAAGACUGGAGGGAGAGAAUUUGAGUUUUUCAGGCCCAUUCGUUCUUUAAAACGGAGGAGUAGUGAGGAUCAGUUUACGAAAAUGGCAUGAGCAUGUGAACAUGAUCAAGUUGCUUAGUUCAAAUUGCGCAAACUGAUAUUUGAAAGCCAAGUUUUGGAUAAUGGUAGAAGUGUGCAAACCGACCUUAAAACGUAAAUGAAACAAAAAUGGUAACUUCUUACUUACUCACUUACUGAACAACUUUGUGAUCUUAGCAUGCUGUAGAAAUCUUCUAAACUGCUCACGGUCCCGCUUCUUCAUCUGUCAAUCCGUCGGCCUUUCUCGAAGAUUCCAUUGUCCUUCUACACAUACGUAGCCCACAAUUUUUCUAAGCAUCUUCCCCUCAAACGCGACUAAAAGGGCCGUCAGUGUUGGAAAACGAAAGCAAAAAAGCGUUAACAACAACGAGAGAGAGAAAAAAAAACAAUGCAGUAAGGGAAAGUAACACCCCAACCAAUAAUCCUUUUCCUUUCUACCCCUUCUUCAUUCCUUCUAUCGACUUCAAGUGAUGGAAGAACAGAGCAAACAGAACUGAAUCAUACCUAAUAGCGGCAGAACCAUAUGUAGCAGUAAAGUUGAAAUAAAACGAAAAAAAAAGAAAAACAAUCUCUAUCAACAGCAAAACGAGAACAAAAAAGUAAUGCAACUCCGAAAAAUGAAACUGUUUCUACAAUGAAAAGGGGAUCCUGUCACGUAACAACAAAAAGCGCCCAAAUUCUACUUAGGACACCCAAAAGGACACUCCAGGUGACAGGUGAACGUAUCGGUGAUGUUCAUUUUUAAUGUCGGUUAUAUUGGUGCUGUUUUGCAUCUGUCCUUCAAUGAUUGAUUGAUGAAGCAAAAUGUGGUUAAUAGUAAGAGUUGAAACGUUUUUGUUAUUGUUUUUUUUUUUAAUUUCGUUUUCUGUAGAAACCAGUUUGUGUCGUCGCGGAUGGGUGGUAGGGUGUUAAAAAAACGAAACAGAAAAUCAAUAACCGAAAGUGUUCAUAUUAGAUGGUAUGUGUUUUGGCAAAUUAGGAAGGUUACCUACUAGAUCUGACAUGACAAAACUUCCAUACUUGGUUGGAUGUAAAAACAAGCACAGGCAGGAGAAGCAGCGAUCACUACACUGACCUGAUAGUAGCGUAUAGUUCGAGUAACCCUGCAUCGCAGUGUGCUGAAAGUUUGAAAGUUGUGAAUCACUGUGCGUGUAAUAUCUGCCUACCGGAGAAGCGUUUGUUGUUCUGGUCCUGCCGGUCCAGGAAAGAAACAGAAUACAGCGUAGUGGUCUCAAUUGAAAACAAACAAAAAAAAAAACAAUAGCGCAGCAGUAGUUUACACGUGCAAAUUAGAAGAAAAAAAAACAACAACUCACGAAACGCAGGCUGUUUGACAAAUUGAGCGAUAGCUUAUGCGAUGUACAUUUUUGUGUGAUUAAAACGGAAGAAGAUAAGGGUAAAACAGCAUGUUGUUAACAGGGGUCGUAAUAGAAAGCUUAAAGGACAUCCGCCCCCCGGGGGCACGGGAAUAAGUAGAGAUGCGACCUGUUACUAUAAUUAUAAUCAUUAGUAUCAUUUUCGAAAACUUUCUUUAGCACGAAUUAUUAUUAUUAUGACGCAAUUUUACUAGUGUAUCCCUAUGAAAUCGGACCCUUUGCGAAGAGGAAAAUCCAUGGAAAUGUUUUUUUCUUUUCUUUUCUUUCUUAUUAUUUUAGACAACUCCCGUUUACAUCAGACGCAUUGUGGGAUGGGAAUUAAAUUCAGAGAGAGAAAAUUAAACAGAGCUCAUAACAAAUAAACCAAUUACCCAAACAACAACAGUGCAACAGUUUGAGAUAAACACAGGCUAACACUAAAGAAAAAAGCUAAUGUUAGCAAAACAAGAAACAAAAACUCAACACAAGCAAAAAAAAAGAAUACAAAAAAGCAAAAACCAUAUAUUUAUUGCAUACUGGCUAAUUAAUUGAAGGGUAGGUCUGAAACCACAACCUACAGGAGGAAUAAAAACAAAAAAAAAGGAAAAACUAAGCAUAUUAUUAUGGUAAAUCUAAUCGAAUUACAUCCUUCUUAUCCGUUAAACAAAAGCAAAGAAACAAGAUAAGUGAGAGAAAAAAGAGAUAGAAAGGAGAAGGAAAUGAGGGAGCGAGAUGUUCGAGGCUCGUUCAAUGGAGGAAGCCACGUGUUUAUGUGAUGAAAUAUGUAAUGUUUUAGCAAAAGAAAAACAAAGCAAGGUUAAUAAGUUUAAAACUAAAUCACAAGAGUAAAUAGCUCUCUGAUGAAUAAUUAAGGGAAAAUGAAAGGAAAAUGAAAGUAAAAAGUGAAAAGGAAUAAGCAUAAAUAAACACACGAUCAACAUGUAGUGUGUAUUAUUACAUUGAGGAAGUAAAACGAAAAGAAAAAAAAACAUAUAAAGAAAAAAAACAAUUCCCGUACGCCGAUCUUAACACGCUAGUGUAACGGGACGAAUGCAGCUCGGGAUAGGCAGGUGAUAGUACCGAAAGGAACCCACGUUUAAUGUACGAUGGACGCGCGUGGUGGUAAUAAACGAUAGAAUGAACAACAUGACAA